AUGGAACAACUGAUGCCAUUUCAAGAAAGCUUAAUUUCCCGCAGAUCUCAGACUAUUGGACUGGAGUUGUUGGCUCAUUACCACAGAAUUCCAGUCUUUGAUUUGGCUCUCCGUGGAUGUUGCUACAUAUCCGUGUAUAGUCUAGGGUAUGAUUUUGCUAUUGAUGAUUAUAAGGUGGUUGCUAUUUCUCGAUAUCAAGGGCCUAGUUACAGUACUUUUGUUGAUGUAUACUCUGUGAGAACGGGUAUGUGGAGUAGACUUGAGAGUUUACCUCAUGCCAUUUCUAUUAGCGAUAAUGGGGCUUUGGUAAAUGGCGAUUUGUAUUGGUUGGCUAUGAAAUCUUCUGGUGAUUCAUCUAUAAUUGUUGCUUUUGAUUUAAGUGCUGAGAAAUUCUCUGAGGUGUCAGCACCUGCUAGUAUUGAUAAAGAUGAUGUUGAGCUAUAUAAUCUUACAGUUGUUAGAGGAUGUUUUUAUAUGUUCACUAGACACGAGAAUGAUGAAGUUGAUGUUUGGAUGAUGAGAGAGUAUCGAGUUGAGGAGUCCCGGACCAAAUUUAGAUUUACAGUACCGAAUUCAGUGUCUGCACCCUUGUGCUUUAUGAGUGAUGAUGAUGUUGUAUUGGUUGUUGGACUAAAUAAGUUGAUUGUAUACAAUGUGAAAGAGAAUCAGGGGAGAGAUGUGAUAGUUGAUGGAGUGACUACUUUGCAUGGACUUAUAACCUUCAUAGAGAGUCUUGUCUCUCCUACAUUUGACACGGGAACUGAGGUUGAUGUAAUCUGUAGUCAGAUCUUGAAGGGAUCUGGUCCAAUCCCUGCUCAACUUCGAUCUCUGGUCUUUUUUCGGCCAUCCAUGGCUGUUCAAAUCUGUCUUAGAUCUGUGCACGUUAUGAACUUCUUGAUGUUUUCCAAAAGGUUUUUCGAUUUCCUUUCAAAGUGA